AUGGGUGCCAUCAGCUGCAAACCUUGCAAGAGAAAGAAGAAGACUUUUCAAGGUGGCUCCAUACUAGACAGAGUUAUCAGUCAAGCCUCCAAUCAAGACCAGUGCUUGUUGUAUAAAUUAGCUAAUUACAAAAAAGGUGGUGAACUGAUCGAUGCCUAUAGCGCAGGGGGCCAAAUAGAAGUGGAGAAACUAAUCCGGGAACAAUUCGGCCAGCUGAUGUACCAAGACGGAAAAGGCCAGAUCAUAAAUCGUUCCGAAUACUUGCGUUGGAAGUUCAGAGACCACGAACAGGUGACUUUACCCAUCGAGGCCUCUUUAAGCCGAUACGAUCCGCUGGGAAAGUGGGUGGAUCACGAGGCGUGCUGGCAAAUGCAGUACCGGGGUUCGCUGGGCGAAACUCUGUUGCACGUUUUGAUCAUAUGCGAUACGAAAAUUCACACGAGGUUGGCUAGAACGCUUAUUAAGUGUUUCCCGAAGCUUGCCUUAGAUGUAGUCGAAGGAGAGGAAUACUUAGGAGCCGGCGCAUUGCAUCUAGCGAUAGCUUAUAAUAACAACGAGUUAGUUCAAGAUUUGGUUGAGGCGGGGGCAAACGUAAAUCAAAGAGCUAUCGGUAGUUUUUUUAUUCCGAGAGACCAACAACGUCCCAAGCCCGCUAGACACACCGAUUACGAGGGUCUAGCGUAUUUAGGGGAAUACCCCCUGGCUUGGGCGGCGUGUUGUGCCAACGAGAGUGUAUAUAACUUGUUACUCGACAGUGGUGCUCAUCCCGACUACCAAGAUAACUUCGGAAAUAUGAUUCUACACAUGGUCGUCGUCUGUGAUAAAUUGGAUAUGUUUGGAUAUGCGUUGAGGCAUCCAAAAUUACCCGCUAGUAACGGAAUAGUGAACAAAGCUGGGUUAACACCUUUAACUUUGGCAUGCAAACUCGGACGUGCGGAAGUAUUUAGAGAAAUGUUAGAACUAUCUGCAAAAGAAUUUUGGAGAUACAGUAAUAUAACUUGUUCGGCGUAUACUUUGAAUGCUUUGGAUACGUUAUUACCCGACGGGAGUACAAAUUGGAAUUCUGCCUUAUUCAUUAUCUUAAACGGAACAAAGGAAGAACACUUGGACAUGUUAGAUGGUGGAAUUAUUCAAAAGUUAUUAGAAGAAAAGUGGAAAACCUUUGCAAGGAAUCAAUUUUUAAAACGACUCCUUAUACUGGUAGUUCAUUUGAUUUUUAUGUCGUUGGCUGUAUAUUUGAGGCCAGACGAUCCAGACGAACCUUUGUUACUACUGACCGAAGACCCCACAGUAAUAGCAAGAUAUUGCUGCGAAGUAGGCACGAUACUUGGGGUGUUAAGUUACGUAAUAUUCCAGCAAGGCGACGAAAUAAGGAACCAAGGUCUGUGGACAUUUCUAAAGCAACAGUCGAAUUCUCCCCCGAAAACUAUUUUCCUCAUAUCGAACUUGUUGAUACUAGCAUGUAUACCAUGUCGUUUGUCUGGCGAUAGAAAAACGGAAGAAGCUAUACUGCUAUUCGCCGUUCCGGGAUCGUGGUUCUUGUUGAUGUUCUUUGCGGGGGCUGUGCGCCUUACUGGACCAUUCGUCACGAUGAUCUACAGUAUGAUAACUGGAGACAUGUUAACUUUUGGCAUCAUUUACACUAUAGUCCUGUUCGGUUUUUCACAGUCGUUUUUCUUCCUGUAUAAGGGUUUCCCGGGAGUGAAUUCGACCCUCUAUCACAGUUACCCUUCGACUUGGAUGGCACUUUUUCAAAUCACUUUAGGGAAUUAUGACUAUCAAGAAUUAGGAUCUACAGCUUACCCCGGCGUAGCAAAGAGCGUUUUUGGGCUUUUCAUGGUAUUCGUCCCGAUUUUACUUUUAAACAUGUUGAUCGCCAUGAUGGGUAACACUUACGCUCACGUUAUCGAACAAAGUGAAAAAGAAUGGAUGAAGCAGUGGGCCAAGAUCGUAAUAACUCUGGAAAGAGCCAUCCCACAAUCCGACGCACAUCACUACCUACAAGAAUACAGUAUAUCGUUGGGGCCAAGUGAGGAUCCUAGCGCGGAACAACGCGGCGUUAUGAUAAUAAAGUCGAAGAAUAAGACCAGAGCCAAGCAGAGAAAGGGAGCCGUAGCUAACUGGAAAAGGGUCGGAAAAGUUACCAUAAACGCUUUAAAGAAGAAAGGAUUGACGGGUGAAGAAAUGCGUUGCUUGAUGUGGGGCAGAGAGUCCAUCAACACUCCAAAUAAAGUUAAAAAGCCUGUAACGGAUCCACAAGCUCUGAAUAUAACUGAAGGGUUUGGAGGCGCUCUAACGACAGCUUUAGAUGUGAUGGGUUUAAAUCUACCUAACAACAUAACACCUGUGGAGAACAACGUUGCUAGUCAAAAACAGCAAAUUCAAGACAGCGUUAUUAUGAAUAACCAAAAGAAUAUUGCUCUAACUGAGCAGUGUAAAAAUAUUGUAACGGAUAAUGGCGGCUCAGGCAUGUUUGGAGCUAUUACACAGCUCACAGAUUCUCAAGCCUUCAUACCGACACAAACGGGGGCCAAACCGCAAGCCGUAACUCAAAUACCCCAAUUAACCGUUCAAAAACUUUGUCCCCCAUCUAAUAAAUUUGCGCCUAGCAUUGUGAAGGUAGAAGAUCCUCUUAGGGAGCUAGUUCUUUGUUCGAGCGAUAAAGACGCCGAUCCCGAAAAAUUAAAAUUUUUGGCUUUGUCGGCGGCUAAUCUAGUGAAGGCAGAAGAUAACGCCGUGACCUUCAGUCAGGCCCCGAAAAGCGUAAAAAGUCUGGCUGGAAUUUUUACUGGUACCGAAACGUUCGUAAAGAAAAUGGAGGAAAACCUGAAGAAAAAGUAUUCCGCUUUAGAGCCUAGUGAUAGCGAGUGGUUCGGAGAGGGUCCUUUAUUGGGGAAAAUAUCGAGAAUAAGAAGAGCAAAAUCGGCACGAUUACGCAAUACUUCGGCCAAAUCCAAAUUAUCCGAUAAAAGAAAGUUAGUUAGAGAAUCCGAUUCAAGUUCGACGGAUACAGCACGUAUCGAGGAACGGGCAAAAAUUGGCACAGAUUUAGGUGUCUUUAACCCAAGAAUAACCGCGACUGUGAAAAAGGAAGAAACUGUGCCGACGACACCCGUCAAUGUACACGUUUCUAUGGAAGAGGAGCAAUUAUCUGUGACGCUUUCUCAAACACUCAAAGUCCAGGGAUCUGGAAGUGGGGUGGAGCCGCAGUCUGGAAACGUGAAAGAAAAGCGGAAGAUGAGGUCAAAAACCGCUAAAACGAACAGGGUUGCGCCGAAAAUAGAAGAAAGGCCCUGUAAAUCGGCUAACGACAAGGAGGAAUCCGAGGGUUCGGAAUCGCCAGAUCCCUUGGAACCUUGGAGUAUGAGAAGCAUAGCGAAUAUGAAUAAAAUAUUGGCUUGGGAAAACGACCAAGACAGUUUGUGAAAUAUAGACGUACAGCAAAUAAAUAUUUUUCAUUACUUGUAUGUACAUAUAAAUAUUUUAA